AUGGCCGAACAGCACAGCGCAUACCUGCGGUACAAGCGAGACCAAAGGUUUCUCGUGUAUUGGAUCAUUCAAUUGUCGAGCUUGAUAUCUUUGUCAAAGCUCAUUGCAAAGCACGCCAGAGGUAUUCCCGCCACCAUCUACCGUUUAUUUCAGUCUAUUAUAGCGGCACGAAAGGAAACCCAUGAACUGUUUCUGCAAAUAGUUGCCGACAAGCCAGACCCUGAGAUUGAAAAGAGCAACGUCUCCCAUAAAUACUGGAUUGACGGUCUCACAGAGGCGUUUAAUGCACUAGGCGGAGAAAAAUGGGCGUCAGUUCAAAAAAACCAUUCAGGAGGGGCUGAUGAGGAGGAUGAAGAGGAAGUUAUUUUCGCGAAUAAGUUUUCGGCUCUUCACCUACGUGGGCAGGUGGAAGGGAAAGAAGACGAUGGAGAAGAAGUUGAAGAUGAGACGGGAGAAACCUUUGGACCCGCUGAACCCGUGCGGCCGAAGAAGAAGUCUACCGGCAAAGGAAAGAAGGGCAAACGUGGAAAGAAAUCCAAAGGCAAGAGCAAGCAAACGACGGCCAAGGGACCAAGUCUGGACGAGAUACCAUUGGAGUCCUAUCGCAUCAUUGAAGAUGAACAUGGGCUUGUAACAGACUAUUUGAUGGCAGUCUACUCCCUCGUCCAGCAAUGGAUGGAACUCCGCGACUACCUACAAAGCAUAUGGCACCAGGUAGCUUACAAAGCUAUAGGAAUGGUCGCUCAAACAGAAUCGAAAAUAUUUGUUGAUUUUCCUGGGCAUGACUCGUUUGAAACUGUCAUGAAGACCAUCACCCGCGGAGAUCCGGACAAGGCCAAGUCCAGAUUUGAAAUAUCGUUACACAUGCUCGAUACAUUUAUAGAUGUCAAGGAACAAUUUCUUGUUCAUGCCUAUCGCGACCUUUUGGAUUUUAUUACGGAUUUCCAAAAGACUCGCAGUGGCAAACCAACAAAUCCGAUGCUAUCCGAGAUUUCAAAUUGGAGCCCUACAUUCAACCUUCAACGAGCCACAAAGGAGCAGCGGCUCAAGUGGCGUCGAGCAUAUACGAUCAAUUGGCUGUACGACCUGGUCAACGUCUUUUCUUCAAUUGUUAUCGCACUAGAGACGGUAGAUUGGUCAGUCAAAGGACCAUGGAAUCAACAUCGAAGACUGUUCGGCUUGAACGAGUUCGCUGGCGCUAUCACUGACCUUGCGAUGCAAAAGUCCGGUACCGAUAUCCGAUCAAAGAUUCUCCCCCAUCAUGUUUUCCAGCUCCAGUGCAUUGUCGACUCUCUGACCGUAGAUCAUGUGCUUGUAUCACCUCCUCAAAACUUUCGUUCGAGAAGAGAUGUCGACUUAUUUCUGGACCGCAAUCUUGAGAGGCCCUUUCAUGGAUUCUGCCAGUCGGUCGAUGGCGGCCCAACUGGGCAUAUGGAACACUCACCCCUCCUGACAGAAUUACAAGAGGAUUUUAUAAACUGGCUGGGGGAAUCCAAGUACAUGCAUGGCUUGUCGACGAUACCUCCAUCUCAGUUUUCAACCACGAAUGCCAACGGUCUCUGGGAAUAUUCACCCUUUCUUUGCGGCGUUGGCCUGGUCGAAGCUCUGGACUUGGCAUACAGCGUGGGUGUCUGGAUAUGGGACCGUAUCCCAGAACCCAUGUGCGCCAUACACCUGCACAAUAUGCUCGUGCAAAAGGGCUACAUCGAACAAACGGUCGGAUUAUACGGUACUGUGGAUGAGCUCUUCAAGAGCUCCUUCUUUGGCGCCAAUCGCGACAACCCAACCUCGAAUUUCAGCCAAGCAUUGCUUUCUGUCACCGGCGACGCGCGUUCUCCUCGUGCCAACUUACACCGGCAAGCGCUCAGACGCCACAUUGGCCGAACCGCCACCGACUUCCACGGCGUCCUUGACUGCAGCGCCAACCGGUUCUUCAAGACCAAAUCGCUGCUCCGACUUUACCGCGAGGCCGAAUGGGCCCCUGAGCGAAUCCCCGAUGCCGAAAUCCCGAUGCCUUCAAGCUUGGCCAUACUCCGCCUCGCCCAGGCCAAACACGAGACGGACCCGACGACAGGCAAGAAGGUCAUGCAAGACACCGAACUCGUCAGGCGCGCUAGGACCGUAGGCAUGGACGACGAGACGAUGAUGCAGGCUGCAUUAAUUGUACAAAAACUGAGCAAAGAACGUCAAGUUUCCCAAGAUUUCUUGGCUUCCUUGCCCAAGGAAUACAAGACAUACCAAACCCCGGACUUGAAUCGUUCUUCUUCUACUUCUACCAAAGGGGGCCAGCCCUCUGGCCGCGACUUGUUAGGCCUGCUCAAAUUCGACAUCCUCAAUGACGUGUCCGCCAAACUACGACCUCUUUCCAGCUUAAACUACCUUUCGGCCACGCUCGCUUUCAUGCUCGUCUUCACUCAGGCAGAAGAUAAACUCCGCGAGCUACAUAACCCCCUCUGGAUCGAAGCGUAUGAUCGAAACCCGACCAUGACGCGCGAGAAACGAGCGUCCUUUACCUCCCUUGUUCUCGCCCAGCAGGAUGAUGAGUGCAUGCGUGUUCUGGCGGAAGCGUUCCAGUCCCCGCGCACAGGCUUUAUGAAUCACAUCUAUUGGCUUGAUUUAGAUGACCCUGAUCAACUGGCAAAAUCAUCUACAGGUAAUCAUGAUGAUGAUAGUCCGAUGGGACCAUCUUGUACGGUCAUGUGAAAUAUCCAUAGGAGUCUUGGAGCCUUAUAGAAUAUGCACAAGUUAAAUACCC